AUGGAACAUAAACGCGCCAAGACCCUGGAGGCGCUCUCGACGUUUAUACAGUCGCAAAAAGCGCUGCUAAGCCGCACGGAGCGUGACAUCGACAGGCUGCGAGAAUUAAGAGGCGAAGCCAUAUGCAAUGAAGACGCUGAGUUAGAGACUGUUGUCAAGCGGGUUGCAGAACACGGUCUUCAGCUAAGCGAGCAGCCAGGCCUGGUAAAUACAUUGCACAGGGACAUAGAAUGGUCCCUCUUUAGAUCGUCUGAUCCAGCAUCUCUGCGCGAACUCGGGGCAUCGCUACGGCACACUCAUGCAGGGCAAGCACAGCCGUCACGCACUCAAAGUUCCGAGCUAUCAGAGCUGCAAAAGCUGGUGAAAGAGGCACGCUCUCAGCUCGUCGACCCGGUACUCCAAUCCUUCAGCUUCCUGAACGAGCCCCUGUCAGAUGCCGAGGAGGAGCCUCCAGAUCCAGAGGAAAUUCGUCGCGCUCUCGAGCGCGACAAGAUACGUGAGCUGAAAAAGCGCAAAAUCAAUAGCGCUGCACUUGUCCCCGUGUUUGCUGGGCUGCGUAGGCCGCUAUCUGACGGCGUGUUCGUCCGGCUGGACCAGGCGGAUGAGAGCGCGGAGGUCGACAUUUCUCUCGACGAUGGGCGCGACGACGGCGUGUCGACUGCUAGAUCAGAAUCGGAGGUCGUGCCUAUGGACGUGGACACUCCGGCGACGUCUGUAGAAUCCCCCGCCUCCUUUUACACCGGACUUCCUCCUGUUGACCCAUUGCCACCCAAGAGCGCCGUUCGUGAGCGCCGAGUACUGAGAAAAGCACAGGCACGUGGGUCUACCAGUGCCCUCUCCGACAGUACGCAAAGAAACAGAGGCCGAGGUUCCUUCGCGAAGAUGGAAGCCAAAGCGGAGGAAAAGGACACCCCCGCAAUAAGGGAGGUCGUACCGGAAGACGAACCGGCGCAGGAUUCGAAACAUAAAGGUAAGGCGAAGUCUGAGACGUACAAGCAGGCGUGGUCGGUCUCCGAGCAGCACCUCCUAGAGCGGCUGCUUGAAGAGAUCCCCGAGGGUGAAAAGAACCGUUGGGCGAAAAUAUCGAAAGCCAUGAACGGCCGCCGGACACCGAGGCAGGUUGCUAGUCGCGUCCAAAAGUACUUCGAGAAAUUGAAGAGGUUCGGGGUGGAGAUCGGCGGUGGAAAAAGUACAGCUUAG